GCAGAACUAGUUUGUUUGUUUCUGAUAUCGCUGUUACCAUGACGACCACUGACCUAACGGCUGAAGGCUGCUGCUGAGCUGACUGCGCGCGCCCAGUCUGUGAAAGCCUGUUGUUCAGCGCACUCCUGAAAGGUACAAUUCUGCACUGCUACAAGCUGAAGACGGACAAAGCAGUAGAGGCAUAAAGAAAGGCCUGACAUGGAGCAAACAUUUCUACACAGUGCUAUAACUGAGGUCCUGCCUGACCUCUCAGAGAUCAAUAAAACCAUUCUAGAAGAGCAUUUACAAUCCCUCGGGGUUGAGACAUCUGAUGACUUUCAGUUCAUCGAGGAAGCCGAUUUGCUGACAGCGUUAAGGCCCAUUCAAGCCCGAAAAGUACUUGCUGCUUGGAAGUUAAAAUGGCUUACUCCUGAAACGGACAAAACGGACAGCUCAUCUGCUGUUGCUCCGGAAGGACCUCCUGUGUCCUUGGAGUCUACUUCACCCAGAAGUUCAUCAUCAACCUCUUCCAACAACUGCCAAAGCCCUAAUAUAGACUGGGUGGAUACUUUUUUGAUACCGUGGGAUAAGUUCCCAGAAGAACUUUUACAGUCACUUGAAAGAGGGAAACGACCAAAUCCACGAAUGAGGCGGGAAAUGGUCCGAAUCGUGGUCUCUGAGAUGAUGCAAAAUAGGUCUUGCAUUAAUAAAAAGAGCGCCACAGAAGUUGCAAAAAAGAUGGUGGCAAAAUACCCUAAGUCUUUGCAAGAUGUAAUAGAGGGAGAUGUGAUUGGGACAGGCUACCAUUCUCUUGUAAAACAGCUUCAAAAUAGGAUCGAGAAUGUGAGGCGAUCUACAACCCCAAAAAUAAGAAAAAGGAAGCAUCACACUGAUUCUGAUGGCACAGACGAAGUCCCUGUAGAGCAGAGAGCAGCAGUCCAAGACACCUAUGGAUGCACUAACUGGAAUUUAAAAUUCCUCCCCCUUGGAGAGACCCCAGAGAGCCAGCAAGAACAUGAAGAAAAACUGAAGAUGAUGUCUCAGCAACCUGAUGUUAAUCCAGACGAGGUCAAACGUCUGAUGAAGUUGACCUUUUACACGCAGCGCAAAAAAGUCAACCAGGGGCAAAAUAUCAAGAACCUCCUUGAUGAGUGGCCGUUUUUGUUUGAUGACCUGGGUAUGGCAGUCCACUUUCAGGAACUAACCGGAAUUGGGCUGAAAGAAGUUUUCUUGCGUAAUCUGGAGCUGAAGGGGAAAAGGCUCCUCAACUACAUGAACACAGUUUGUAUGCACAAGAGCAGAAAGUUCCUACAGGCAGUAACAAAGUAUCAAGUGAUGAGGGGAGAGCAGAGUGGGUGUUCUGAAGACCUCAAAGACAUGAUGUUGCUUCUGCUGUCCUACUUUGAUGAAAAGGAAGAUGCCAUGUUCUUUUAUGUCGAGGACACAUGCCUGGCAGGGGAAGUACAGAUGGACCAGCUUCCCUUGACUCCGACGAUUGUUGUUUGUGGACGAUCCUGUUAUUCUGCAAAGCGCUUCAUGUUGAGUGUGGAUCGAAACAUUGUACAGGACAGCAUCCCCUCCUUCGUUUCUGCCAUAUGCCUGAUGUUUGGGAGCUACUAUUGCUUCAACAUACAUUACCCAGCAUGCCUGGCAUCAACACUGGAGUUUCUGCAGAGGUGCUUUUUCUCCAUUAACCCUGAGAAGGGCACUAAAGUAGAGAAGUCAAAAACAUCCCGUCUUCAUGUGAACCCCCGAGUCAUCACAUUGAUUCAAGAUCUUUCAGAUCACGAGUGGCGUGAUGCACAGUAAGCAUCAGCAGAAGAUUUUGUUUAUGUUGUGUAACCCUGGAACUGUAGUUUUAAGUCAAGGGUCCAUGUUAGUUCUAUUUCAGUACUUAUUUCAGUACACAGACACUUUCAGCCUCAAAGGCAGGGGAUGGGGGGGGAUGUAUUGAUUGUUUGUGUACGUGUGUACGUAUUUGUUUCUGUACGUUAGUGUACGUGUGUACGUAUUGAUGAUUAUGUACGUUAGAAAAUAACUUUUUUUUUGUUUUGAGGAGUACACAAUAUGUACACUUGUUUCAUAGUUUUUUUUUUACCCCCAGCAGCUGUAGCAUUGCCUGGGGACCUUCAGAGCAAAGAGGGUGUCACUUGUACACUUGUUUAAUUGAUUGUUUUUCACAAGGGUGUCACUUGUACACUUGUUUGAUUGUUUCAGCAGCUGUAGCAUUGCCCUAGUUAAUCCUCAGUGCCAGUAUUUGAUAGAAUAUGAGGUUUGAGGUUAAUAAAUUCUUGGAGAGGCAA